CAUCUACCAGCUGUGUGUGAAACCUGGCGCACAAGGCUGGCCUGGAACAUGGAGCCAAACAACAGAACAACACAUACGGUAACAGAAUUCCUCAUCACAGGAUUGGAUGAAGUACAACACCCAAAGCUGGUGGGAGCAGCCAUUUUGUUCGUCCUCUUUCUCAUUCUGAUCGGAAGCAUCACUAACAUUUGUGUCAUAGCAUUCAACAAGCCUCUGCAUACCCCCAUGUACUUUUUUAUUUGCUCGCUGGCAGUGGUAGACAUAGUCUACACCAGCGGCAUUAGUGUUACAAUGCUUAACGUUCUCCUUGGAGAGGAGAGAAGAGUCCCCUAUGCACCCUGCAUGAUACAGUGCUUCUUAUUUCAUUUAGGAAGCACUAUGGAACCCUUCGCUAUUGCUCUGAUGGCUUAUGAUCGCCUUAUUGCAAUUUCAUAUCCUCUUCGAUAUCAGACUAUCUUAACUAAUACAAAUGUAUGUUUACUUAUAAUAGCGACUUGGGCACUAGGCUGCACAUUUGCCAGUUGGUGGACUGGCUUGGUGAACAAUUUGCCCUUUUGUGGCUCAAAUAAACUCCCAUACAGCUUUUGUGAAUAUGCAGCAUUAGUAAGAGCAGCAUGUGUGAAUCCUACAUAUUAUUUCAGUGUAGCUUCUACUGUGGCGACCACCAUAUUAUGGGUUAAUUUAGCCUUGAUAUUCUUCUCAUACAUGAAGAUAGUUUAUGUAGUGAUACAAAUGUCUUCAUCCAAAGACAGGAGGAAAACAUUUAACACCUGUGUCUCCCACAUGAUAGUGGUGGCUUGCUUCUUUAUCCCUAAGGUGUUGUUAAUAUUGGUCACCAGGGUUGGUUUGGUUCUCACGCUCUCUCACAGAAAUGGCCUAAUCAUUGGCUCUACUCUGGGCCCCUCUCUUGUGAACCCACUUGUGUAUUGUCUCAAAACCAAGGAGAUUAGAGGGCGCCUGAAAUAUAUUUUCAAGAGAUCUGACAUUUCUCCAAAUAUGUAAUGGUUAGGGUUACCAAAGCAAUUUCUUGUUUCUUGCUUGUUCCAAUAAAAAGUGGUUAAGUCAAUAUUGUUUCCAUGUUAUAUCACCAUCAAUGUAAUCAUGUUGAAUCAAUGUUGAGUUUUGAUUGAAUUUGUUAAAAGUCAUUUGUGAUUUUUAUCUCAACUUAACCAGUUCAACUGUGAAUCAACAAGAGUGUCAAAGUUUGGUUGAGUCAGAUCCCAGGUGUCACACUUAUUCCAUGGAAGGCAAUGUGUCUGCAGGUUUUCACUCCUGUCUUUUACUGAUCACGGGAGGUCACUGGUCAGUUAGGAACUCCCCUCACUUAAUACUCUAGGACUUAAUUGGUCACUGGUUAGUUAGGAACUCCCCUCACCUUAUACUCUAGGUCUUAAUUGGUCACUGGUUAGUAAGGAACUCCCAUCACCUGAUAUUCUAGGUCUUAAUUGCACACAAAUUGUCAGGAAAUAACAAAAAUCAGUAGACGCUGAGCCCUCCAAAGAAUGAGUUUGACCUUUCACCUGAUUUAGAUUAGUUUGAUGAUUUUUGACAACAAAAUAUAAACGUCAGUCAAAAUUGAUUUGAUUUGACAAUGUAGCCCAUUCGAACCGUAUUAAAUGUUAUCUACUGUUGAAUGCAAUUUUAUUGAAAUGUCAAGUGUUAUCGUAAAGCAUAUGUAGUAAUGGACCACUAUUACAUUACAUUUAAGUCAUUUAGCAGACGCUCUUAUCCAGAGCGACUAUUAGAUUAUUGCAGUAUUAUCUUAAAAAUAGGAUCUGAUCUAGACAAUUGACUACAUUGUUGUUGCAGUUCUUAAGAUUAACAGCACCAAAGGCUGCCUCAAAACCCUUUCUAUCUGCAGUGGCCAGCUGAUCGUCAUUGCCCUCUAUAUUCUACCUAGAAUUUGUAUGUAUCUGUCCAGUAAUACCGGCAUUAGAUUCAGCACUGAUUUACAUAUUGUUAUUAUCAUGUUGUAUAGCCUGCUCCCUCCUAUGAUCAAUCUACUGAUAUACUGUUUCAAGACAAAAGAUAUAAAACAGAGCUUGAUGAAAAGAUUCAAAAGAUGAACUGGUCCACAGAAAGAGAGUCUCUGCUGUAUCUUAAUGAUUUAGCUAUGUAACUACAAAUAGUUUCAUAACAUACAUUAUGUUGUACAGAUGCUUAAUGAUUUCAUAUUGUUUA